AUGCAGGCCUACCUGUUGCUCGACAUCGAAGAAGACACGAUAUCGAUAGUGCCCUUUGACAUUAAAGAUCGUAUUGUUAGAAGGAUGCGCCUGAAGCAUAAUCUACUCGUCUUUGACUGGGCAGAGUGGAUACCCUAUCACAAGCUAAAUGAUUUUGGAUUUGUCCACCGGCAUUAUGUCACUGCCUUUGACGUCCAAUCAGCCCAAGUCUCCUUCACUUGGCUCCCUCAAUGGAAAGCAACGUUUCGGAGUGAAUGGAAACUGCAUUAUCUAGGAUUCCCAUUGUCCGCGCAGGACUGUUGGUUUUCUGACCACUCUACGACACACUAUACCAUCUACAUUCGGCAAACAAACCGCUCGGUUUGGGGUGAAAACGAGCCAAUCGAGUCCUUGCUUAUCUGGAAUAUCUCACAACCUUCUAGUUACCGUCCAUCCAACGACCCUUCUGGUAGCAGCCAGGACUCUCUUGGGCCACGCCUUGUGAAGAAGCUCUCGUACGUCGACCUCGAUUUUCUAACAAUUCGACAAAGAGACACGCCUUUCUUGAGAAAGAUCGCCCUAGAUGGAAGCGCUUGUGUGUACUUUUUCGAAGAAGGGUGUAAUCACGAAAGGGGGUCACACGUCGGCCACGGCUAUGGAGCAGGUAGGAGGAAUCCCAGAGAAGUGUACUGGGAACGGAUAGUGGGUAUUCCGGUCCUGGGUCUUGGAUCAAGUUGGGAAGAUAGGCUUGGAAGGGAUUCGACAUUCACCCAUCAGUGGCAACACACAGAUUCCAAAUGCGCAGAUCCCUCAACGCCAAAGAGAGCAACAUGUUGGCGAUACGAUGGUAUGGGUCCCGGAAUCCGAAAUCAAGUAGUUCAUGACGAGUCAGCCGGCAUCAAGUACUCCGUCAUACAGCGUACGAUUGGUCUCCCAGAAAUUUGGGUCUCCGGCGAUUCGCACAGCUGGAGUGCGAUAAUUGAUCUGCAGAGAAUCCAAUGGCGAUGGAAACAGAUCGAUGGAGACGAGCGUUAUCUAGUUAUACAAAGCAAUGAGGAGCUGCACGUCCAGCCUCACACUCUUGAAACGGAAUCUGAACGCACCAUAUCGUCUGAGGAAGAUAACAGCCAGCUCCUCGACGCCUUUCUUGAGAGCUGCACCGAAACCGCGCCCACUCGCCUUGCCCCAGCGAACGCGGUCUCGGUGAACACCUUUAAUUCGACGAUCCUCACUCUUCCGCUCAGCAUCAUCAGAAAGAUCCUCCGCAACCUCCUAACCUCGUCCACCCCACUGAUUCUCCAGCACGAUUUCAUCACCAUACCAAGAGGAUACCGCACCCACGUUGAGCCAAAGGUCCUUCAGGUCUGCAAAGUCUUCCACACCGUUGGCGUCCCUAUCUUGUACGGCGAGAACACGUUCACCACUUCUUCGCCAGCCACUUCCUUCGACUUCGACGAGCAUCUCCUAUCUUUGUCAGGGAGCAAGAGGCAAAUGAUCACGGAUAUCAAGCUUGAGAUUGACUGGGCUGAUAAGCUGUGGGCUAAAUUUCCACUCGUGGCUCGUGCGCUGGUGGAGUUGAAGGGCUUGCUGAAGCUUGAAAUUGCUAUUGUCGGAAAGGAAGAGAUGGUGGAGAAGAAGCGAACAGCAUCGAUAGAGAAGGACGCGAACCUAAAAAUAAUGAUCACAUGUAGUCAAACUUCACCAAGCAAGGACAAAGGAGCCCAUCAACGCGCACCAGCCACCGACAGAGCAGACAGUCGAAUGAAGAGAGAAGGCCCGGCAGCGGAUGUGAUGCUCAAGGCCGAAAUGAAGAUGCUUAAGGAUCUGGUCAUCGGAAUCAAAAGGCUAAAGUUUUUCCGGUUGCUCGGUUUCAGGCAUGAGUCGUUUGCUCGGUGCUUGGAGGAGCAUGUGCUUGUUGGACAUCAUUGA